UGGCAGCCGUAGUUCUGUGCUGUGUGAUGACCGCUGUCCUGGGACGACCCUAUGAUCCUGAUGAUCCAAACCUACAGUCAGUACUGCCCAGCAAGGACACCGCCUUCGAGGCCUUCUACCCUCGCGAGGCUUACGGCGUUGAGAACGGCAAUUCUCGUCCUAGCCACGGCCAUGCGUCUUUCUACCAACACCGCCACCCCGCCCUGGUGGACACCAACAACAGUCCCGCCUACGGGUUCAGGUUCGACGGCAAACGACGCUUCAACUUUGACGAUGAGGAGGACUAAGCGACAAUAAACGCUUCAA